AAUCACUCAAGGCAAAUUUCCAGUAUGCCGCCUGUGAAACUAGUGGUUCCCCUUGCCCUAGAAAGUCUUGAUAGCCGUCAAAGUUGUCUACUCUGACCGUCCAAUUUGGGCAACCAACAUGGAAGGAAGGCCUUCUCAUACCCCAAUACUAUUCAAGGGUGAGGAAAUUUUUAUACUCUUAUAAAUAGCCUGUAUCGAUCCUCAGACUUCUUCAUCACAACAUUACUCUUUCAAGAGCAAGUAGUGAAGAGUUCCUCCUCCAGUCACUUCAAUCUAUCAAUCUCAGCCAUGGGUAGCAAAGAAGAUGAGAGAGCAGGAGCUGAAAUCGUUCGCGGAAAAGAAGCCUGUGAUAAAUUUUCAGAGGAAUUGAUGAAAGAGUUGGGAUUCCCCAGUGGUGUCCUUCCCACUGGAGAACUAGAAGAAUGUGGGAGGGUGAGAGCCACAGGUUUCGUUUGGUGGAAAUGCAAGGCUGCCUAUGAGCAUUUCAAUGUGGCAACCAAUACCAAGGCAAGUUAUGCUGCGGAGACGACGGCGUACGUGGAGAAGGGGAGGAUGAAGAAGAUGACCGGCGUGAAGAGUAAGCAGUUGAUGGUGUGGGUUCCCAUAGUAGAGAUGUGCAUGGAUGGCAACAAGAUCACCUUCAAGACACCCAUGGGGGUUGGCAAGUCGUUCCCCAUCACCUCUUUUAUGACUGAAGCAGAGAAGAAGAUGUAUCUCCAGCAGAAAAAGGGUGCAGCAAACUAAUCAAUCAUCUUCUAUGAUUCAUUAUUCAACCUCUGCCCCACUCUAUGCAAGUUCCUUAUUUAUUUACCUUUGUUUACCUUCAUAAUUUCAUGAACCUAUAAUAAUUGAUGGUUUACCAAAAUAAUAAGGAGCUAUAAUAAUUGAUCAUUUCAUUCCAUAAUGUUGUACCUCUAAUGCUUAGAACACAAUGCAACUUUUUAGCAUC